AUGUCAGGACUAGCGACUCGGUUACGUGGGCCAUCUAGAAUAUCUUCUUCCCAACUUCGCAUCCAGUCUAUACUCUCGCCCAUAGACCCUGGGGGCAAAAAACAGUCAGAGACGCCUUCACAUCCAUUGCCGAAUUCGAAAAGAAAACUCGAAGAGCUAUCUCAUGUCCGCGAGGGCACAUUACCGGUGUCAAACUGGCUUCCUCGCCAUAACGAGCUCAGGCAUGACGCCGGCGAUGAUGGCCUCAUAUGGACCCAAACACCGUCCAACUCUGAUGAGAGGGCUGGGAGGACAAGUUACAGAACUAAACUGCCCAUGAGAUCUAGCAUAGCCUGUGUUCGAUGCAGGCGAUCAAAGAUAAAAUGUAAUAACGAUGGGGGCCAUAGCCCUUGUGAUCAUUGCAUCAAGGGAGGUCACCAGUGCCAAUAUCCCGAGCCGGUCCCAAUCCCACCAAAACGAAGCGAAUCUCAAGCAGCGGCCAGAUCAGAAAAGGAGCCACACCCGGAAAAGAAAAGAACAAGAAAACUAGACGAUGUGCCCGGACGCAACAGUGAGAGGUCGACUGCCUACGCAGCAGAAGUUCUCGCAUAUCCCUUUUUGACAACUGAACUCUGGAGUCAGCUGCUCAGCAUCUACAAGCAGCACUAUGCAACAGAACUCCCCUUCAUCCAUCUACCAUCGCUCAAGGAAAGGAUGAUUAGUGAGCCUGGGAAGAAACAAGACUUCCCAUCUGAACUGAACCUGAACUCACAGCAAGGGCAUACUCGACAACGUACAUCGCAGCCCAAAAAUGACCCAGUGGCCGCUUCGGACUUUUUUGCUACUGUUCUCACUACAGCCCUAGGGCCUCUGCGGACGGCUAUGGAUACCAUCACCGUGGAGAGAGUACAGGCAUUCUUGAUACUUGGGCUGUUCGAGUGGAGCCAAGGGCAUAAGUCUGCGUGGAUGUACAUCGGGGUUGCGACUAGAAUGGCCAAGAUGAUGAAGCUUGAGCUUGACGACCAACGGAUGGGUUUGUUGGAGAACCAGGCACCUGCAUCGCAACAAUCUCGAACGAGGUCAGCCGAAAUCGCCAUCGUCAGAGAAACUCGACGACGAACAAUGUACAGCUGCUUCAUUCUUGAUCGCUUGAUGGGACACGGGAGUGGUCGAGCUCUUAGCACUCCAACCGAUGCUUUGUGGAUACAGUUGCCGUGCUCUGAGAUGGCAUUCGAUUUGUCUCUCCAUGUCUACACUGGGUUUCUCAGGCAGCCCGAAGGAUUUAUUCAGCCACAAAUGAACGAUGACAGUACUUUGAGCCAGUUCAUUAGGCUGAUCGAUAUAUGGAGCGACAUAUCGAUAUAUAUCUCAAAGGGUGGCCGUGAGCAAGAAAAUCUUCCUCCUUGGGAUAACAGGUCGAGGUUCUACGAGUUGAGGGCCAGACUGAACGUAUUCUACAACGGACUACCCGAUACGUUUACCUUGUCUCGACAAAAUUACUACCGCCACGACAACCAUCAAGCAACCAAUACCUACGUUUCGCUGCAUAUGUUGGCCUCUGCUUGUCAGAUUGUCUUGAACCGAGAAUACUUACCAUUCCUGCCCCUUCGCUGUCGUGGACCACAAGGUCCUCUCGACCGAGUCCAACCUAUUCUCGAUCAUGCCCCAGGUGGGUUUUGGGAAGAGAGUGCAGAACAAGUUUUCCUAGCGUCUCGAAAUGUGGUUGACUUGAUAGAGCUCUGCAAAGACAAGCUACCCCUAUCAUCGCUCACUACAUUUUCUAUCUGGCUGGCCGGAUUCAUGGCGGUAUAUGCUCGGCAUUUCCCCCACAUGGAUCUGAAACUGAAGAUGACAAGUCAGAAAAUGCUUGAUUUCGCGCAUACAUCGAAUAUUCUCGAGGAGGAAAUGGUCGGAACAGCUUAUCAAGCGUUGCGAAGAGCCACGACUUACUUGCCCGCUGCGCAAAACUAUUUGGACAACUUCGAGGGGACGAAUCGUUAUUUCUCGCAGAUGAGGAAGCCUGUUUUCCAAAAUCAAGAAGUCACUCGUUCGACAGGAUCAUUAGAUGAUCACGUCCAGAGAAUGGACUCUGCGUAUCGUCACAGUACGAGCCCAACGUUGCCGAGCAUACGGUCAACCCUAGAAGACCCCACCAAACUUGCUGGUUCAACAUCCAAAAGCCAAUUCUUAUUACCUGGAGUCGAUGAGGAACCUUUCGAGAUAGAUAUACCAAAGUCCUUGGGGAGGGAUAUUGAAAUGUUGGAGUCACAACGGAUGAGCAAAGUCUUGAAUGAUUUGGAAGGAUUUUCUGGCGCAGAAAGGUUGAGAGUGGUAUUCGAAUAA